AUGGACUUGAUCAUCAUAAGGGACAGCACGACACAAGUGUUCAACACCAAUGCUUCACUGCCGUACAACCGUGAUUUAAUGGAAAGCGUUAUUGUGAAGAAAAGGACAAAGGUGGACGGGGUACCCCAGCAGAUGAAAUUCAAUUUGUAUCAAUGUUACCACGACCAGAUUAUCCAAGCUGGUCGCCGAUGCCAAACCGAUCGAUCGCAUCGCAACAAAAAAGCUUUCAUUUUCGGACGUUCCGACAGCACCCGGUUGAAAUGUCAAGAUUUUCAAGAUAAAAAUGUUUCAGUUGGGAGAUGUUCGUUUUCGAUUUUGUUUAAGCACAUGAAAUAUAUGCAACAGCAAACUAUCACAAAAUGUAGCUCUUUCGGUGCCUAG